AUGGGUCUGAAGGGGGCCUGGUGUUUCCCGUGGUGUGGGUGCCGGAGACAGCGGGGGACUGAAAGAGGACCAGGUCUGAAUUCUGCGUCUCCUCGAGACCCUAGCCCAGCUGUAGCACCCAUUAUGGCUGAAGGUGGGCUGCCUUCCCCAGGGGCUGGAGCUUACUUAAGCAGGAAAGCACGACUCUCCUUCCGCCACCAGCUGCAUGACAUGGCUUCAGCCAACGACUCCACUAUUUGAAGUGGAAAACCAGGGGCUGAAUCUCCAAGACUUGGCAACCUUUUGUUAUCCCAUUUCUGUGGUCCCUUCAAAC